AAAUUUUCAAUUUAAUUGCUGCAGAUGGAACCACAAAGCUUCUCAACAUAAUUUUAGUUAAAAAAAAAAAACUCCGUUUUUCAACAAAAGACAACAGUUUGAAACGGAAAAUGAAUGUGUUGAAGUAAAUAGUCAAAUUGCCCCCACCUCACCUACUUGCCCGCCCAUUUAUUUCCCUCCAGCCCCCUCCUCUCUCCUCAUCUCCCCCAUUUCCUCUCCACGAACCAACACAAGAAGAGAUGGGGAACAGUAUAGGAGGCAAGAAGAGGACCGCUAAGGUGAUGAAGAUAGACGGUACUACGUUCCGUCUCAAGCCCCCGAGCCAGGCCGGGGACGUUCUCCGGGAUCACCCAGGCUACACCAUCCUCGAAUCCGAGGAGGUCAAGCGGUUGGGCGUUCGGGCUCGGCCGCUUGAGCCCGAGACUCCCCUCAAACCGGGUAGGCUUUAUUUCCUCGUAGAGCUUCCCCAGCGCCUGGACCUGCGCGUUCCUCGGCGCGCUUGGUCCGGGGCGCUCCAAUUGAGCGCUAAGGAGCGGCUGGAGAGCCUCGUGCUCUCCCGCCGCUCCGUCUCUGACGUCACUGCCACCAAGCCGUCUUCGGUGGAGGCGGUGACCGACGGCGGCACGGUCCGCCUCCGCGUGAGGCUGCCAAAGGCUCAGGUGGCAAAGCUCAUGGAGGAGAGCAAGGAUUCCGCUGAGGCUGCGGGGAAGAUCAUGGAGCUCUGCAUUGCCAAAGACAGCAAAACAGCGAAGGCGCCGGCCGUCGUGUCGCCGACUAUGAAGACUGGGCGAAAGGAGAAGCGAACCAGGUUUGUGACCCUGCCGGAUGAGAUAAUUGCCUAAUUUUCCAUCCAAGCGAUUAAAAUUUUACAGCAUGUUGAUGCUGGUCAAGAUUGGAAGCCAAGACCAAGGUGCAGCUGAAUCAUAGAAAUCAUCCUCUUUUUUCCUCCAAGAAUUGCGGGUUGAACAUGAGAAGCUGCUCACGGCUUCCUAUCCCCGAGCAAUUCUAUCUUUUCAUUUGUUAGAUGGUUCUUUACGACACUAAAAUAGGUUUGUUGAUAGGAAAGGAGCUUGGAAGGUGGAAUCCCAUGUGAUAAGAGUCAUGCUCUUGUUUCUACAUGCUUGUUCAAGGGGUCUCGCUUUCCCUGCACUGUGCAUAAUAUUGCCUCAUCUCUUUCAAUCUAUAUACUGUAUACUCUCAAAGGUCUUGUGAAAGAAGCUAGCUUAAUGGGUU